ACACCUACGGCGUAUUUAAUAUUAUUUUUUUAUUUUAAUAAUUACUUCCAGGGGCACGGGGGUUCAACAUGACUCAUAUGUAAAAUAUAUAUCGCAUGCCUGCUAUCCUCGAGUCUCGACCGCUCUCAAUACUCUGCACAAUAUCGUGAAAGUAGAGAGUGGAGAGUCCUUCAUCAACGCCAGACCAUAUGCAACUCAAAUCCUUGAUUUUCUCAGCCCUUGCGGCUUUCGCAGCACAAGCAGCAACCCUAUCCAACUUCGACGACUGGGAGCACGGCCGGGUCGCCCUGCAGGAUGUCAGCAUCCACUUCCGUUACCACGGCACCGGCCCUCCCCUCCUCCUCAUCCACGGCAAUCCGCAGUACAGCCUUACCUGGCGCACCAUCGGGCCCCUUCUAGCCCAGAACUACACCGUCAUCGCCCCCGACAAUAGGGGCGCCGGUGACUCUUCUAUCCCGCCCGACGGCAAUUACAGCGCGCCGGCCUCGGCCGAGGACCUGAAAGGCGUGCUCGACUUCCUCAACAUCACCUCCGCCUACGUCUUCUCCCACGACAAGGGCGUCGGCCACGCCUUCGCCCUCGCGGCAAAGUACCCGGCUCUCGUCAAGAUGCUUGGAGUGUCCGAGUACCUGCUUCCUGGCUUUGGCUACGAGGUCGUCGCCACUCCCGCCCCGUACUGGGAUUUGUACCAGAAUCCGCAGUUGGCGUUUUUCCAGAUUCCAGAUUUUGCUGAAUUCCUCAUGGCGGGGAAGGAGAGGCAGUUUCUCGAGUGGUACUUUUAUCAUGGGAGUUACUCCGGCGCUUUGUCCAUGUCGGAGGAUGUGGUGAAUCGGUAUACCAGUAGCAUCUCCAAGCCGGGAUUUCUGCGUGCUAUGCUUGGGCCCUUUUCUGCGGCGUCGUUAGCGGCGGAUGCGAGUUUUUUUCAGGGGACGGUGGGCGUGAAUCCCCUUUCUAUGCAUACGUUGGCGCUCGGUGGGGAGGCUAGUUCUGGGGUUCGGGAACAGCUGCGAGGAUUGUUUGCGAAUGUUACGACUUCGCUUGAUGUUGAUAUUGUUCCCAAAGCUGGGCACUGGAUUGCUGACGAAAACCCAGCCUGGGUUGCGAGACGGGUGGCGAGCUUUUUGGCUACCGAUACAUCGCCUCUGCCGAAUAUUGACCUGUCGUAUCUCGCGGAUAAGGUGACGCUGACGGUGGGCUUCUAUGGUACUUUGGGAAACGCGGCUCUCGCUGGACUAUAGGGACUAGUAUUGUUUCCGGACUGUGUCCAAAGCAGAAAAUUGAGGAAAGAGGCUGUAUAAAUGCAUACUCUGCUUUAUAAGAGGACAUAAAUGACAAUUAAUACUAUGUUUGUCUCAUUAGGGCGAAUCCUUGGUCCUUUAUUAGGAUGCCAUAUAAUCAGUGC